ACAACAACGGGUUCCACCGACCACCGGGCCGGGUUCCGUGCCCGGAUGGCGCUAGGGUACACCCCGAACACAGGUGGCCGGCCAGCCACCGAAGGGACAGUGCCCCGUAAGCGAAGACCCCGGGCCGUUGGUGAAGUGUUCGUGUCCUCGACGUCCUCCGUGUAUCUGUGCGAUCCUGCCCACCCGCCGGAAGUGCCGGUGGACAGCGGUGACGUUGCGGGUGCCACCACUCGACGCCGUGCUGCCGCUAAAAGCGGAUCCAAAGGAUCCCCAGGCGGCCGACUGGAUCCGGUGUACGAAAAUUGCGUCCCAUCCCACGAGUCACGGGUGACGCGUCCCCGACCCCUAACCUCACUGUGUGCGGUACGAGUCCGGCAACCGGACAAUCGGGGGGCCGGGUUGCCAUCUAAAACUCCGGACCACCGACCACCGGAUGUGCCGCCGAGAAGGAAGCACGCGGCCAAAGUGGCCACCCCACAACCUGUGAUAGCGAGCGAAGGCGGCGAAGGGGAUAGUAAUCGGUUUGAGCUGCAGCUGGUGUCCGCUUUUCUUGUCCAGUUCUCGUGGGUGGUUCUCGCGGUGGUCGCAGUGUGUUCCGUGGCGGCCCUACAAGCCCCCAACCCGGCCCAGUGCGUGGAAACGUCCGAAGGUUACUGUGUGGUGGAAAAUGUAGUGGCACCGCCGCCAUACGGACCGUUUCCGCCGAAUGCGACGGCCGUCUGGAUUCGCAACAGCAGCCUACCGACGGUCGAUCGCUCCCUGUUCGCGGCCCUGCCCACGGCCGAAAGCCUGAUGAUACACCGGCUUCGGGUGGAGCACCUCUCACUGGACGGUUGCCCCCGGCUGGAGGUCCUGUUCGCGAGCUACAACGCGAUCAAACGGAUCGACGCGGUAGAAGGAUUACCUCUGCGGCAGCUACACCUGUACCAGAACCGACUCACGGACAUUGGAGGUGUGCGCCGGCUGACAGCACUCGAGCAGCUGUAUCUGCACGAAAAUCUGCUCGAAUCGCUCGCGCUCGAGCAGCUGGCACCGCUCGGGAAGCUAAAAAUCCUGACACUCCAGCGCAAUCGACUGACCACACUCGGCGGGGUGCGUGAUCCGCCCCUGGUGAUGCCCCACCUGGAACAACUGUUCCUGCAGUUCAACCAGCUGCCCCACCUGGACACCAGCCUGUGGCGGAUGGAGCGGUUGCGUGCGCUGGACCUGAGCCACAACCGGCUCGGCUUUCUGAUGACCUUCCUGGAGGAGCUACCGGCACUGCGGACCCUGGAGCUUCACCAUAACCCCUGGAACUGUGCGUGGCUCGCCGGAAUGCUGGACCGGGUGGACGGCCGCCACCAGAUGGCGCCAGCCGUGCAGGAGGAUGAGGCCCAGUGCGCAGCGGGACCGCUGCUCGACGGGCGACUUUGCUGUGCCGAAAACGCCACCGCUCCCGAUCCGAUGCUGCUGCUCGUGACCCGCACCGGGAUCGUCGAUGAGCUGCAGCAGCAAAUCCACGGGGCCCGCGACCAGAUCCAUGCGCUCGAGGAACGGGAACGCAAACAGGACGCUCUGUUCCGCGGGCUGACGAAAAGAUUGGACCAAAUCGAACAGCUCUGUGCGGCCAACCGCCCAGAGGCUUAAGGAAGUCACCUGGUGGUCCUGUGUAUCCCUUUGUUGAGUUUAUUGCAAGAAAGAACCUAACUGUAAACAUGCAGCGGUGAAGCGGGGUCAGCGUUCACGAGGCGGUACGCCUUCUCGACGACCUGCUCCAUCGGGAGGAUCCGUUGCUCGAGGGCCCGGUUCGUGGUGUCCAGCUGGGCCACCAGCGUCCGGAGCUGCAUGGCCCGUUCCCCCAGGCUGCGCAGCCGGCUCUCGUGCUGGUCGGUCCUUCCGGCGUACACCCGGAUACCCUUGCGCAGCCGUUCGAUGAGGGUCCUCGCCCGCUCGAUGCUUACCCCGAGCGUCUGCUGGUGGAUCGCAUCGAUCGACGGGGUGGGCCGUGUGUGGCGCCGGUACAGAUCCUCCGCCGACUGUUGCAGGUCCGCCAGCGAUCGCUUCACGGUGUCCGCCAGCCGUUCCAAUCGAUCCGCUUCCUCCUGGGUCGUUUUCUUCAGUCGGGCGAGUGAGCUUUCAAGCUCAGCCUGCGCGGCGGUGGCUCGCUCCAGUGGCUCCCUGAGCUGAUGCUGCCAGUCCGAGAUCCGGUCCUUCGCGGUGUUUGUCUCCGUUUUGAACGCGUACUGCAAGAGGUCGAAGCGCCGCUGCAGUCCACUCAGUUCGUCCCAGUGCGCCCCGAACACGUCGGUCGAGAAGUCGUGCUCGGCCGCCUCGAUGCAGCAGACGUUCUGAAGGUUCCGCAUCGAAAGCCGCUCACAGCGGGUGGCCUCGUCCCGAUCGGUGACACUGACACGCCGAUCCUCAAAGUAGAGCUGGGCCUUGCUGAGCCAAUCACAGCUCCACUCAUUCCCGGCGUACGCAAUGCGUUCCAGCGCCUCUCCGAAGUCCCGUAACUCGCCCUCCACCAGGUACAGGUUGUUGCCGGAUAGAUCGAGCGCGGUGAGCGAAUCCAGGUGCCAACCGGUAAACUUGAGCGUCACCAGUUUGUUCCCCGCCAGCGACAGGUGCCGCAGCUUGAGCAGGAGCGCCCCGUUGACCGGCACGUCGCCCAGUUCCACACUGAACACCCGGUUCGAGGCCAGCGAAAGGCUGUGCAAUUCGGUCAGGUUGGCAAAGUCGGACAGCUGGACCCGCUCGAGCAGAUUCCCGUCCAGCGAGAGAACCCGCAGGCGCUGGAACUUCCCGUCGAACCGGGGCACGGCCCGCAGUCGGUUGUGGGUGAGCGUCAGGGAACUGAGCUGGUGGUCAGUACCGCCCGGUUC